AUGACUUUGGAUACGGGCUCGAUUCUACUGCUUCUCCUCGCGCUACCGUUUCUCGGCGAAGCUGCAGGUAAGUGGAAAGGAGGGUUAAAAAACGAAGCAAAAAUUUGGAGUGCCCGCUGGAGAAUGCUUAUUUUAGCCUGGCAAGGAAUUUGUGCAAGGCGUUAUGCUCAGAUUUUUUUCAGCAUUGCGAUUACAUUUUGGAAGUCAAUUAGCUUUACAAGAUAGAUACCCCCAUAUUUUCUCUAAAUUUUGCACACACGUCGGGCAUGGACUAAAUAUCAAUUCCUGAAAGUUUUAGCUCGUGCUUUGCAAGCGCCACCGAGAUAUUGAACCACCUUUGCCGCCGAGAGAGAACGCUAAAAGCGGAGAGCGGUCAGAGAGAAAAACGCUUUUUGGCUAUAACUUUGCUAGCUUCGUGUGGAAAAAAUUGAUUUUUUGUGGAAGCAUUACCCGUUUACGGUCGAAAUAGGUAUGAAAUUUUUCGUGCCCAGGUUCGCUAAAUAUUGUCAAACUCUCGCCGACUUUCGGUCUAAAAAUCUCGGUUGUUUCUGUAAAGCGCGAGCAAGGAUUCUCGCAUAUGUUUUAGGAAAAAAUAUUCUAAAUUUGUGCCUAGUUUGAUCAAAAUCUGAGCGUCGCACUUGGGGUACUUCCCCUGUUAGUAUUACUUAUUUUUUCAAAUUUUAAGUGGUGCUUUUUUAGUGCGCUCAAUACCCACAAUUGUUUUUGAUUUCCUAUGGAAGUAAAAGAAAAAUCUUUCAGGUUACAACAACGACCAAGCUGAACAUGACCACAGAUACAAUACCAUGCUAAACUACUUGUGUCACAAACAACCUACGCUGAGUAUUUGUGACAUCCGAAACUUCCGAAUCUUGGGCCCAGCCAAAGCUGAAAGAAGAGGUCCCAGCUCGGGGUGAGUUUGAAAACACGCUUUCAAAUAACUCUUUCUCUUAACUAACUUAUUCGAUAAAUUUUCUAUAAAUUCUAGAAAAUCAACACUACUGGAUGGAGAAGCCGGCCGUCGCUAUGAUCAGUCACUAGUCGACAGUGAUGACCCAAUGCCAACUCCUCCGCCGCUCCCGUUGCCGAAACAGCAUCGUGUCUAUCGGGAUGCCCCAAUGGAGGGAUUAGGAGAUAUUUCACGGCCAAAGAUGAUGGCGAAGAGGAAAGCGGCAAAACCAAAGAAAGAAGAAGUGAAAGCCGUGGAGGAAGAGGAAAUCGAAGAAGAUCAGGACGAAGAUGUUCAACCGGAUGCAGAGGCCGCAGAGAAAGAGGCCAUUGAUAAAGGCAAGAAGAAAGGGAAGGCCGAAAAGAAAAAGGCCGAGAAGCCGAAAGCAGAGGAGACAACUGAUGAGGUAAGACUCGAGUUGAAUUGCUAUUUUUCGAGUAGCAGUUUCAGAAAAGAUUAACUCGCUUCUUUUGAGUCAGCAGAGAUACAGUGGGGGGCCUGAUCCAGUGGCAAAAAAUGUACCAUUUUGCAUCCGGGAAGUAUCAAAAAUGUGGCAAAAUGCUUCCCUCUCCAAGUGAAAAAAACUUCGUUUUGAGCUCUUUCCCUCACAAAAAGAGCGGGCGCGCUUUUGAAACCGGAGUUUUUUCACUUGAAGAGGGAAGCAUUUUGCCACAUUUUUGAUACUUCUCGGAUGCAAAAUGGUACGCUUUUCGCCACUGGAUGAGGUCCUUUUCGGACCACACAAGCAAAUAAAAAUUUAACUUUUCAGCCAGAAGUCGAAGAGAACGAGGCUCUGAAAGAAGUGUUUUCUACUGCCACAGAGCUUCCGGAACCUGAGCCAGAAGAAGGGGAGGGUGAGUAAAGGAAAGCCCCGUAUUUUACACCUGAUUAUUCGAAAGCUUUACAGUCAAGUAGGUCCUAUUUCAGCCAACAAAACCACCACGGACGAAAAGCCCGCCGAGCCGAGGCAACCCUCGCAGACCGAAAAGCAACAAGAAGCCUACAAAAAGUAUCUCUACUACUAUCAAAAGUACGUUGAGACUCUGCAGCCGUCUUCUCAGCAGUACCAGACGCCCGUAUCUUACUCUGCCUAUCAGCCGAGACAACAAUAUUAUCAACGAUACUCCUAUCCGCAACAACAACAGCAGCAAUACUACUACCCACAGACUGUUGGGAAUGCCGGAUACAGUGGCUACAACUACGGUGGAGGAAGUGCCGGGCAAGCUGGUCAAUAUGGAAUUGGAACGUCAUUAAAUAUCCCCUAUGUUGGAGGAAUUGGAUGGUCAACUGGAGUCUAUGGCAAAUAG